AUGAGAUUAAUAAUUUCUAUUGUCUUGAUGCUGGUCGUCUGCUCAACUGCCAUGAGAGUUGAGAGAGCUGCCCCUGUCCGUGGAGGCCCAUCCCCAGCCCAGUUUGGCGAUUUCAUGCUCGGUUUCUGCGCCGGUAUGGAGAUUGCCAUGAAUGGCAACGUCAGUACCUGUGUUGCCGACUCGAAUGCCACAUGGGAGGACUUUGCCAACGGUUUCGAUCUGAUUGGCAAGGGUUUCGAUCACCUCUCCGCCUCAGACUUCACCAAGGGAAUGAGCUUGGUUGGAGAUGGCUUGGCUGAGAUCCCCGCUGUCUUUGGCUCAUGUGGAAUCACUCAAUUCAUCGCUGAUAUCCUCACCGUCUCGAAGGAGCUGUCCACCGGUGUUCCAGGUGUCAUUGAUGUCAUCGUCAAGGAGACUCUCAACAUCCUCCACCACGGCAAGGACAUCUCUGCCGACUGGAAGGGCAUGGUCAAGGACUGGCACUCGGGCAACUACGGCUCAUCUGGCCAGUACCUCGGUCUCGUGGUCGGAAUCCUCCUCAAC